UCCAGGAGAGAGUUCAUGCUCAAUUGUAUCAACAAAGUUUGUAACUUUGCACUCCUCAAACGACAACUUAUCAGAUAUGGCAAAUCCGAGAAGCAAAUAUCAGCAAUAUAUGUGGCCAACCUGAUAUGUUUGUCGCCCCUCCUGCGUAAGUUAAUUGGCAUGAAGGUAUUCCAGUCCAAUAGUAAGCAUUAUCGGCAACAUGGCGCUCAUCUGAUCAAGGAAUCAGCCGGCGCCUCAGUCUCCAGGAACUACGAUCAGCUUGCAGUCACGACCAUCGUUCUCAAUCACACAUCUUUAUUUAAGCAGGCUCGGGAAGGGGGGGGGUCAAAAGCGUUGUACCCAAAGGGCCAACGAGAUGCGUCCGAUUCAGGAGGCAGUGAACAAACCGGCGGUUAGCCGUCUGGAUACCAAGGAUGUCAUUCUUCAACAGAGCAUAGGCCUUGGAGAGCCAUGGCGCAGUCAGUGUAAGAUGCAUGUGUCUUAUGACCCUGUGGCCAGAAAUAUUGAGCAUGUCGAUCACCACUCCAGCCUGAAGUUUGGGUAAGGCAGUACAACCGAUGA